AUGAAUCAUCAGGAUGCAAUUAUAGAGCAGAGUGCCUUUCAAGAAGCUCAGCUUGUCAUUAAGCUUCAAGAAUGGCUAAUAAAUAUAUCUCCUGCUUCUUUACCACAAAUUGCCCAUGAUCUAUUGUUGUCUGUGUUUGUCCAAGAUCAAGAUAGGAUAUUCCAAUUACUUUGGAAUAUCAUAAACUCAGUUUCUAUCCGUCCAAAAAACAUUCAAUUAUAUGUAAAUUUAAUAGUCGAACUUGAUUCUCAUUCAAACGAAAUAAGUACGCUUUCAUUAAUCCGCCCAUUAAUUGUACGAAUGUUACUAACUCCAAAACCAUUCAUAGAACAAUUUUUGUCAAACGUCGGAGAUUUUUUAUUUCUUAGAAGAUUAAUAAAAGCAUUAAAUAUGACAACCACUGACGUUGUGGCACAACUACGACACUUUUGCGAGAUGCAUGAAGAUCUUAAAUACUACCAUUGCUUAAUAUUCGCGAUAUUUGCACCUGAAAUUCAAAUUGCCGACACUCAGCUGUUUUCAACGUUGCGUAAUUUGUUUUAUGAAGAGUGGGCGGCUCCAUCUUGCAAGCCAGUUCUUAAAGAUUUUUUCGAUAAUAUUACAAAUCUUAAUCGAAAUAACUGGAGGUUGCUACAAGAAUGCUACCUAUCCGGAGGCUAUCCAGAAUCGAUAAAUGUAGCAAUUAAAACAGAUAAUAUCAAUCUUUUUCAAGAAUUAUCAAAUUCGCCAAAUUUCUCACUUGAUCACCAUAUUCGUCCUUCAGUAUUUGAGUCAUGCCACUUCGUCCAAAGCGAACCAAGCCUAAUACAAUACGCAGCUUUUUACGGAUCUUUAAGAAUUUUUAAAUUUUUACUUCUCAACGGCUCCGAUCUCAACCAAGAGGAUGCCAACGGAUCGACAUUGGCCCAAUUCGUUGUUGCAGGCGGAAAUGUCGAAAUGGUUAGAAUUUGCCAGCAGCGAAAAUGCGACUUUAGCGGAUGUCUUCAGAUAGCAACACGAUUCUACAGAUUUGAUAUAUUCGAUUGGCUACAUUUCGCAUAUUUAAACGAUCUUACAGAAGUACAUCCGAAAUUCGGAAACGUUUUCCACGAAAGCGCUGCAUCAAACAACGUCAGACAGAUUAUAUAUUGCAUAGAUAAUACAUUGGACGUAGAUAGUCGUUCAUCUGAUAAGUCUACACCUUUACAUUAUGCCGUGAAAAAUCGUGCAGCUGAUUCCAUCAGAUUACUGUUAUCUAUUAACUCUCUGGAUGUCAAUGCAAAGGAUAGUACCGGAAUGACACCUCUACAUACAGCAGCUCUCUUCGAAGAAUCAAGAAUGGUCGUUGAAUUACUAAAUUGCAACAGAAUUGACGUGAAUUCGGUCAACAGAUGGGGAAUGACACCUUUGCAUAUAGCAGCACAAGAUGGAAAUACUCAGACAGUAUCAGAAUUGAUAAAAAGACCUGAAAUCGAUGUAAAUUGUAAAGAUGAGAAUUUUAUGACACCUUUACACUACGCAGCACAAGAGGGUGAAUUCGAAACAGUCAGAAUCCUAUUGACAGCUAAGGAUAUUGAUAUAAAUUGCGAAGAUGCACAAGGAUUGAUACCUUUCUCGUACGCAGAAGCAUCUGGUAUGGAAGAAAUAACUCAAUUGUUACAGGAUUGGGUGAAUACUUAA